AUGCUAGUCAGGAUAACUCCUCGCAGAGUAUCUUUUAUAUUGAGAUCCUAUCGAAAUAUCAGUAGAACUAUGUCUGUCGAUUCCACACCUAGUGUUUCUGUUACCCUUCCUAAUAACAUCGCUGUUGACCCCAUCACUACUGAGUUAAAGAGGCCUGCAUCCCCAAAGGUUGAGGAUGUUAAAGUUCAAACUAAGAAGUCCAAGAAGUUAAAAAAGUAUAAAGCCAAGAAGGUAGAUGAUACUGCGCCACUGGGUGUAUUAAAAUUUGAGAUUAAUGAAGUUUUGAAGAAAUUUAAUUUAACUCCCGAACAGACGGAAACAGAUGUAACGCCCAUCCUGAAUGACGUUCGUAACGGUACGAUUCAACGAGCUUAUAACCGCGAGCUUCAAAAUAUAGAGGUGAUAAAAAUAACUUCUAAUGGUGACGGCUUAGCUCUUAUCGAUAAUCCAGUCGAUCCUGAAAAGAAACAGAUUGCGUUAAUUCCGUUCACUUUACCUGGUGAUGUGGUCUCAAUCAAGGUGGACAAGACACAUCCGCAUUACGUUGAAGCCUCUUUGUUGAAUGUCAUAAAACCUAGUGCUAUUAGAAAUGACGACCUCAUCAGCUGCAGAUAUUUCGGAAGAUGUUCGGGAUGCCAGUAUCAAUUCUUAACGUAUGAACAACAACUUGGAUUGAAGAAAGAUACCAUCUCGAGCGCAUACAAAUUUUUUGCGCCAAGGCUCCUCGCAGAAAGUCUCCUACCAUCUAUCGAUGAUACAGUAGCUUCUCCACUACAGUUUGCAUACAGAACCAAGCUUACGCCGCACUUUGACAUGCCUAGAAAGAUGAAGCAAUUGGAAACUAGGCCUCCACUGGGCUUUGGUCAAAAGGGCAGAACUUCUUGGAGAGGCGUCGAGGCUGGAGGCAAUGCUUCAAUCAUUGAUAUCGAAGAAUGUCUCAUUGGAACGCCAAUUAUAAACCAGGGUAUGAAGAACGAGAGAGCCAAAUUUGAAACUAAUUAUAAAAACUACAAAAAGGGAGCUACCAUUCUGUUGAGGGAAAACACCAAAAUUAUAAAUCAAGACCAACCGGUAGAAGAACAGCUCGAUGAUGGCUCCAAGGACAUCUCAACGAACAAUAUCUCCCAUGAAAUUGUGGAAUCGAACAAACAACUAGUAAAAACCUGUGUCACUAACACAAGGCAGAUCGUUACGGAAUAUGUCAAUGGCUAUACAUUCCAAUUCAGCGCUGGCGAGUUUUUCCAAAACAACAAUUCUAUCCUUCCCUUAGUUACAGACUACGUUCGUGAAAACCUAAUAAUCCCACACUCAAACCCACAAGAUCCACACUAUCUUGUCGACGCAUACUGCGGCUCAGGCCUCUUUAGCAUCACAGCUUCUAAGGGUGUAGACAAGGUAAUAGGCGUUGAAGUAUCUGCAGACAGUGUUUCCUUUGCUGAGAAAAAUGCAAAAGCAAACAACAUCAAGAAUUGUAGCUUCAUCGUUGGUAAAGCCGAAGAGAUCUUUGCUUCAAUAGAUACUCCGUGCGCAAGAACUUCUGUCAUCAUUGACCCGCCAAGGAAAGGAUGUGAUGAUGUCUUCUUAAACCAGUUAGCAGAAUAUAAUCCUGCUCGUAUCGUUUACAUUUCUUGUAACGUUAAUUCUCAAGCAAGAGACGUUGAAUACUUUUUAAAGGAAACUGCAGCAGGUUCCAAGUAUAAAGUCGAAAGCAUAAGAGGUUUCGAUUUCUUCCCACAAACACACCAUGUUGAAAGUGUUUGCGUUUUGUCAAGAGUUUAA